AUGCCGGUCGAUUGUAUCUACCCUUGGAGAAAUUGCAGUGUGCGUCUAAUUCCUCACGUCCUGGCGCAUCUUUUGAAUGCUCACUCGUUGGAUUUCUCAUUCACAACUGGUAAUAUUCUUGAGAUUUCGAAGAACCUGGCACUAUUCUACUGUACUGAAUUGAAAAUUGACUGUGAGAACCAAGAAUUGGCCGACGAAUUUUGUGAGCAAGAACUGGUGGCACCUGAACAGGCCAAUGCAUUAAAAUUUGUGUAUGAGGCCGUGAAAGGGGCCUGGCUCCAAUCAGUCUUCACGAGCCCACCUCUCGUGGCCCAAUCGUCCGCGUUCCAAAGGCUAGAGUAUACCCACAUGGGCUGGCUCUUUGGAUGGAGUAUGUGUGAAAAUCCUUUGUUGGAUCAAACCACAAACGAAACUGUUGUUCUCGACCGCCUUUUCCCUGUGCGAAUACAUUUGUGUGGAGUGUGUACGGUUGCCCGCUUAGAUUCCCGAGAAACUCAAAGUCGAUCUCAUCGUGAUUCGGUCCCAACGAAGAUAACUGAAAGCAAAAGAGUAACUGUGCCAGCAGAAUUUCCAGGGACGAGCUUUAUCUGCAGGUCGAUUUUCCCGAACAUAUACUGCUUCUUUGAUCUAAAACCCGAACCAGAGGUCUUGUCUAAGGACAGCGUGAGAAGCUUCCCGUUGUUUAAUAUUUUUGCACGUCCGUCUCCCCAGCGGAAGGAAAAAGAUGCGUACGUGUGGCAAGUGAAUAAGAGGGGAAGUUAUUAUUAUUUCCUUACUUAUAUGAAGGGGACUAAUUUCAACUAG